AUGGAUGAAAAAUUAAAAAAACUGGUGUUUGAAUUAUUGUUAGGAACUGAAAAGUAGUAUGGAUUUAAGAUCAUUUUUGCAGGUGAAACUGGUUCAAGAUCUUACGGCUUGGAAACUGAAAAUUCUGAUGUAGAUAUUAAAGGCUUCUUUUUAUAUUCUGAAGAUAAAUAUUUAAGUGUAUUGAAGUUAACCUCUUACUUAAAACUAAACCAUGAAACAAAAUUAAAUCAGAAUAUAGACGUGGAUCUUGAAUUGAUAGAUCUCAGGAAAUAUUUAAGAGAUAGAUGUAAAAAUGUAAUUUUAGAUGAAAGUACUCUUUGGUUAUAGACAAAAAGUGUUUACAUAGAUUUAAUUCCUAAAGAGUUAAAGAUUCUUUUAUAAACUAGCAUUUAGCCUCCUAUCUUUUAAAUAUGGAGUAAAAUUAGCAAAUAUUAAUAAAAGUUUAUUAAGUCUAAAUAAUCAGAUGACGGAUUGAUUAUUGUGAAAGAUGUUUUAAACUCUAUUGUUUAAAGUUAUUAAGUAUUAUAUAUAAAAAUGAAAGGCGGUGUUUAAGAUAUCCUGUUGAAAGAAACGACUUUGACCACUUGA